GCGGAGGCGUCGCUCUGGCCCGCGUGGCGCAGUCGUCCGCGUCUCGCUGGUGAUGACGCACGGUCGGGGCGGCGGGAAAAGCAAGAUGGCGGCGCCCAUGGAGGUGGCCGUGUGUACGGACUCGGCGGCCCCACUGUGGAGCUGCAUCGUGUGGGAGCUGCACUCGGGCGCCAACCUGCUCACCUACCGCGGCGGCCAGGCGGGACCCCGCGGCCUGGCGCUGCUCAAUGGCGAGUAUCUGCUGGCGGCGCAGCUGGGCAAGAACUACAUCAGCGCCUGGGAGCUCCAGCGGAAGGACCAGCUCCAGCAGAAGAUCAUGUGCCCCGGGCCCGUCACCUGUCUGACCACGUCACCCAACGGCCUCUACGUCCUGGCAGGAAUUGCAGAAAGCAUCCACCUGUGGGAGGUAAGAGGCGCGAAGCCUGAAGGUUCCCCGGGGCAUCUGGCCGUCUCAGCCUCACCUGCAGGGGCCUGGCGCCCUGGAACGGUGACUCACUGCUGAGGGGCCACAGCCGAA